UCUCUCUCUCUCUCUCUCUCCCUCCUCUCUCUUUCAGGACCUCCUGGUCCCGCUGGCAGGCCUGGACUCCCGGGGGUCAAGGGCCAACCAGGCGAGAAGGGUGCCCCUGGGGACGCCGGUAUGUCCAUCAUCGGCCCCCGAGGCCCCCCGGGCCAGCCGGGCACGCGAGGCUUUCCUGGGUUUCCGGGUCCCAUCGGGCUUGAUGGCAAACCGGGCCAGCCCGGGCCGAAAGGGGAGAUGGGCCCGACAGGUCCCCGAGGACAGCAGGGACCUCAAGGACAAAAAGGAGAAAAGGGUCAAUGUGGAGAGUACCCACAUCGGCUGCUGCCUCUGCUCAAUUCAGUGCGACUGGCUCCACCCCCAGUCAUAAAAAGGCGGACCUUCCAGGGUGAGCAGGGCCAGGCCGGCAUCCAGGGCCCACCAGGGCCACCGGGCCCCCCCGGACCAAGUGGACCUCUGGGGCAUCCAGGACUGCCAGGGCCCAUGGGGCCACCUGGCUUACCCGGGCCUCCGGGACCGAAGGGAGACCCAGGGAUCCAGGGCUACCAUGGCCGGAAGGGAGAACGGGGCAUGCCAGGGAUGCCGGGCAAGCACGGAGCCAAGGGAGCUCCGGGCAUCGCCGUGGCUGGGAUGAAGGGUGAGCCGGGGAGCCCAGGAGCCAAGGGUGAGAAGGGGGCUGCAGGUCCCCCCGGGCUCCUGGGACAGAAAGGAGAGAAAGGCGAUGCUGGCAACGCCAUUGGAGGAGGCAGGGGGGAUCCUGGCCCCCCAGGGCUCCCUGGCCCUCCGGGGCCAAAGGGAGAAGCAGGUGUCAUUGGCCAAACCGGCCCCCCAGGACAGCAAGGAGAAAAGGGCUCCAAGGGUGAGCCGGGGAAAGGAGAGCUGGUGGAUUACAAUGGCAACAUCAGCGAGGCCCUCCAGGAGAUCCGCACAUUGGCCUUGAUGGGCCCUCCUGGUCUUCCCGGGCAGAUCGGCCCACCCGGAGCUCCAGGAACCCCAGGCCAGAAGGGGGAGAUCGGACUGCCGGGCCCUCCGGGACUUGAUGGAGAGAAGGGACCUCGUGGCAAAUCAGGAGACAUGGGCCCCCCUGGUCCCCAGGGACCCCCGGGAAAGGAUGGACCUCCGGGAACAAAGGGAGACAACGGGCCCCCAGGGAACCCAGGAGAGAAGGGGGAGAAAGGGGAGACGGGCCCGGCAGGCUCACCGGGUCUAGACGGCCCCACCGGGGAGAAAGGAGAACCAGGUGACCAGGGGAGGCCUGGAGCAACAGGACCGCCCGGCCCCAUCGGGCUCCCGGGAUUUACAGGAGAGAAAGGACAAGCCGGGGAGAAGGGUGACCCGGGAGCAGAGGUUCCUGGGCCACCAGGGCCAGAGGGGCCCCCGGGACCUCCGGGGCUUCAAGGUGUUCCUGGACCAAAGGGAGAAGCAGGACUGGACGGAGCAAAAGGAGAGAAGGGCGUCCAGGGAGAGAAAGGAGACCGGGGGCCUCUGGGACUGCCUGGAGCGUCAGGUUUGGACGGCAGGCCUGGGCCACCGGGCACUCCAGGACCAAUUGGAGUUCCAGGCCCGGCGGGACCAAAGGGCGAGAGGGGCAGCAAAGGAGACCCUGGGGUGACAGGACCAACAGGAGCAGCAGGACUUCCUGGCUUACACGGACCACCCGGGGACAAAGGAAGCCGGGGGGAGAGGGGGAAGAAAGGCUCUAGAGGGCCUAAAGGGGAUAAGGGAGACCAAGGAGCGCCUGGACUAGAUGCCCCCUGUCCAUUGGGUGAAGACGGCCUACCUGUCCAGGGCUGCUGGAACAAGUGACGCCUCUAACCGUGGAUUGGCCUGUGUGUGUGUUUGUACAUAGAAUAUUUAUUUUUAUACAGUUUUCACUUUUUGAAAAUGCCAGAAGUACGAUGCAUCUUACAGAUUAUUAAAAAAAAGAAAAACUGCAUAUUUUGUACAGAAAAUGCAACCUCUUUCCUUUUGUUUACAAGAUGUUUUGUACGAGUCUCUAAUACAUUUUUUGUGAGUACAGCUGGAA